UGUUAUGAGCGUACACUCUGCCGAGCUGUCUACCAUGUGCACGCACCCUUCCUUCUCUUUCUCUCUCCUUUCUCUUUUCUUUUCUUUUCUAUCUUCUCUUAUAUGUAUGUAUGUAUUCAUUCCCAACUGCCACUUCCAAUUCAUUCAUUCUUCUCCAUUUCAAUUCUUCUAUAAAUCUCCCCCUUCUUUAUCAUUAUUCUUUAUUAUUACAAACUCUCCACAUAAACCAAACCAAACCAAACCGUAAAAAUAUAUACUCGUACCAGUAGUAGUACGUAAAAUGAUGAAUAAUGUAGUUUUAACAGCGGCACCCUCUUCAUCAGAGUGUAGUAGUGGGUGUGAGUCUGGUUGGACUCUAUACUUGGAACAUUCUAGCAGUAGCUUUUCUACUGGUGCUAAAUGUAAUAUUAAUAAACACCAAAAAGUGGCUGCUACUUUUCAUCAAGGUAAAAAAAGUGCUAGUCUUUUUUAUGAUGAUGAUGAUGAUGAUGAAGAUGAAGAUUUGUCCAUGGUUUCUGAUGCAUCUUCUGGCCCUCCACAUUUUGAUCAUGAAGAUGAUGAAGAUGAGGUUUUUUGUUAUAGUAGCAGAAAAAAACAAAGUGUCAAAUUAUCAACUCUACAUCAACAACAACAACAACAAUAUUUUCAGGCUCAAGACUUUGGCCUUGAUGAUACCGCUAGCUCCCCUCUUUUCACCUCCGAGAGGAAUAAUGGUGGAGAAAAUAAAGUUACAUCAUUAAAAAGGAUGGUAGAUUACUCUUCACAAGGUUUUUCUGCUACUCAUUUUCAUCAGGAGAGAUCUACUAAUUUCCAGGAACAUUAUGAUUUUAUUCAGCCCCCUUUCUCAACUAACCAAUUUCAACAUAACCAUUUAAGUCUCCAUACACUUUCUUAAUUACAUGAAUAGUACUACUACGCAUUUUUUAAAAGAGAAAAUAUAUUGAAGGAGUUUCUUGUUAAUUAGACUAAUUAUUACGGAGUAUUAAAUACACAAAUUAACCGUAACAAAUUAUUUACUCUGUUUCAAAUUAAUUAUAUAUUUUGAUUAGCUAAAAUGAUAUAAACUAUUACACACCAUAUUAUACUUUUUAAUAAUUGAAUUCUUUUUAAACAAUUAUUUCAUAUUUUAACUUAAUUAUAUGUGUAGAUAGAUACGAGUAUGAAGUAUAAAUUGUUAAUUAAAUAGUCAUAUAAUAAAAAAUGAAUUAACUAAACAACCUAGGAUGUGGUAUACUUCAUCUGCCUUUUUUAGCAUUAUAAAAAAAAAUACAGAGUAAUUAGUAAAAAAAUUAUUAAACACUAUACUCUUAAAGUGCUAGUAUUUUAAUUUGUUGAUUAUGAAUAAAUUUACUAAUAAUAUGAAUUAUU